AUGUCGUCGUGGACAAAUGCGCCGGCGUCUUCGUGUGCUGCCGCGGCGCCGAAUCACCUGCCUGGGACAUCUACCUCGCCGUCCGCCACGUGCAGGCGUCGAGAAGCGGCAGUGUAUCCUACGAGUGGGGCUGCGCCGACAUUUUUAGGCGCCGUCAUUACAUUCGGCGCAUCGGGGUGUAUGGCGACACCGCUUGUUGCUGCACCGGGAACGCACUGUGAUGAUCACACCCCCACUUGCACCGCUGCAAGGGUGGCACCUGCGCCACCGUCGGGUGCACCAAGCGCUGCGGCAGCAGCAGGGCAACACGACUGCGUAUCGCAAGAUUUUUCGGGACCUCUUCAGCGGCCAUCCCCAACCGUCCUUCAUUUGUAUGCGACUACCACCACAGCCGCCGGCACCGCUAAUCCGAAGCGCCGCCACGGGCUCCUGCCACCGCCAAUCAUGAGCGACGUCACCAGGGCCUUGGGUCAUCGCUCUUGCUCGUGCCCAAACACUCGCAGCACCCCGGCAGCCGAUGCCGCCAUCGCGUCCUCUCCCGUUUCAACCAACAGUGGCGUGGUAACAAGGUCGAGAGCAGCAGUGGCAGCGACGAACUCGUCUAGCACACUUCAAGUCACCGGAAAUCAGUCGAGCCCCAACGAUAUGCUGACAAAAGAGACUGUGCCGUUCCCCAUCUACAGCUUCAAGCCUCUUGGGCUGUGGAGUGCGUUACCCACCACCGGCGUCACCGCCACCGCUGCCGUCUCCGCUUCAGCCACUACUCUAGAGCUUGAAGCGUCCACAGCGACAACAAACGGCGUUGAUGUCGGCACUCUCCUCACGCACGAGAUGGACAGCGGCGUGGUUAUCGUAGACCCUUGCCAGACGCCGGACGAUCUUGUCUGUGGUGUGUGCAUGUCUGUGUGCCGGCACCCGACAGCAACGACGUGUGGCCAUCUAUUCUGCCGUCGCUGCCUACAGGGGUGGAUGCAGGCCAACCCGGCCGCCAUGUGCCCACUGGACCGAACUCCAAUCCAGGUGGAGCUGCUUCACACGGACGCCCGCGCGCAGCGGCAGAUCAACGCGCUGCCGUGCCACUGUCCCGCCUCGCUGUCUCGAGCAUCACAGCUGGAGCUGCGGCAACUCGGGUCUGCACACCGUGUGCUGGGCGACGGAACAGCGGAGGAGGGGGGUGACGUUGGUGGUACGAGGGGUGAUGAGUGCGCACGACAGGCACAUCCGCGAUGCACGUGGGCUGGGUGCGUGUCGGAUGCUGCAGCGCAUAUGUGUCAGUGUCCGCACAUCAUCAUCGAGUGCCCAUUCGCCAAGCACGGCUGCGCGGUGGAGCUGCCACGGUCAGAUAUGGCGAGUCACUUGAAGAACUACGUGGCGGACCACCUGCUGCUUCUCUCGCAGGCCCUCGAUGCGUCUGUGGAGCAGUGCCGAGCCUUGCAAGGAGAGGUGGAGGUGCUGCGGCAGCGCUGUCCCAUGCGCUAUCCCGUCGCCCUCCCCAAUGUGCCCACAGGCGGGCCAACAGGGAGUUCGGCGCCAACAAUAUCGGUUUCCUCGUCACUCUUGCAUGGUGCCACUACUGCUACUUCUGUGCCUGGAAUGGAUGUGCCCACGGCGGUACCGACACCGGCUCUCGUCAUCUCCAACGGCAGCAGCAGUGGUGCGGCUACCAUCGCUAUGGCCGCGCUUCCUGAGGAGGUUUCGAUGAGCAGCGUCUCCCUGCUGCGAGUGGCGGGUUCGUUUGGCCACGGCGCAUCCACCGCUGUCGACUACCCGUCUCCCGUCUUCUCGCAGUCGCUGCGGCCAUAUUAUCAUCUGCACCACCGUUCAUCGACGGCAGUCGAGCCUACCAACCUGCGUCGGGGCACAGCUACCGAGGAUAUGUUGCUUGCCGCCACCCACCGUGUGCCCAACGGACACGAUGCCACCACACCAAUGGCAAUGGACACGACUCCGGUGCGCACACCAUCGCCGUCUCGCCUUGGUGCUUCACCGGGCUCCGUCCCCGUCGCCAACCUAGCUGCAGCUGCAGCGACCUUCGUCCUUCCUCCUGGUGCAGCAACACUAUUGCCUACCCCCGUCGCCAGCGCUCCUUCGCGCGCGGCGCCUGUGGUGGGCGGCAUCUGUGGCGUGGAUCGCUUUGUCUGGGUCAUCACCGAUGUAGCGUCACUGCAGGCGCCGUGCUACAGUCGCCCUUUUAGCUCGCAUAACGUUCCUUGGUAUGUGGGGAUGGACACCACCGCCACAUGGGAGCAGUGCGGCGUAUACCUCUUCGCCGAUCGACACGAACAUCGCGUUGACUUCCGCGUCAUUUUGUACCACAAUGACCCGGCGCGCGAUGUCGUGCACGUUGUGCGGGACUGGCAGGAGGAUUACAUCGGAAAAGGCUGGGGUCCUCUACGGUUCAUCAACCGCUUCACACUUGAGCAGGACGGAUUCCUCGUACACGGUUGCCUGCGCGUCGGGAUCGAGGUGCUGAGUGGGCUGUACUGA